AUGUCAGGUGAAAAUAACUUUUUCCGUAACGCCUACUCAACGAACGUUAAUUAUGAGAACGUAUCUGCACCAAAUGACUACGGGGGUGCCACCCAGGAGGGUGUCUUUUACAACAACAUGGGGGAGAGGGUGUACAGCUACCACCCGAAUGGAAACAUGCCGAAGGAGUUGUUGAAUGGAAACAUGUCGAAGGAGUUGUUGAAUGGAAACAUGAAUAGCUUUGGAAACCGAGGAAUUGCUGUCAACAGUCAGAGCAUUCAGGGGGGAUACAGCACGAUGCGUGGUGGAUAUGGAGGCAAUUACGGGGGGGGGUACAUGAACGAACCAGGCAAUUUUCAAGAGAGACCAGGAGCAAGCCACACGGGUCUGAAUGCUGCUAACAAUUUGAUCUACGCAAAUAGCAUGGGAAGAAUGAGUGGUAUGGGUGGGAUGGAAGGAAAGGAUGGUAUAAGCAUGUUGAACAAUCAAGGAGGAGGAAUCCAGAGCCUACACAACUCACUAAACCACAUGGGAGCUCUCAACAAAAUGGAAAAUGUUUUCAUAAGUAAAAAUGUAAAAAGGGGCAUACAGAACCCUUACGGAAAUAUAACCAACGUAGGUAUUGCAGGGCAAGGCGUUAAAGGAGGAUCGUUGAAUGUGCAAACCCAUGGUGGUAAUAUGGAGAAUACCAAUUGGUACGGUAGGCAGAGAACUUUGGAAAAUAUGGACCAUGUGGGUGGUGGUCAAAGUAGCCAAACUGGUGUUCUCGCCACCCCAGGUGGUCGUAGUGGAGAUGUGAAGACCAGGUUGCCUAUUCACGCGAACAUUCCGCAAAACAACAGGGGAGGGUUAAACGGUUCUGAUAAUGCGAUCGGCUCUUCAGGAUUGAAAUACAUGCAAGGAGUGGAUGGCAUGAGCGGGUUUAGCAACCAUAACGAGUUUAGUAACCCUAACGAGUUUAGCAACCCCAACGGGUUUAGCAAACCUAACGGGUUUGGCAAUAUGGAUAGCUUCGAUAGCAUGGAGAGUCAUCCCGGAAUGAACCAUGCGAGCAAUGAUAUAAAUACCAUAAGUAGCAGGAAAGAUUUGGCUAGAGGGAAUAAUUAUCAUAAUAUAAGUGGAAAGAACACGUAUGAUAAUUAUAAUAUUGGUGACUAUGCGGCGGAUAGGAGUAUCAUGCCAAAUCAUAGUGCCAUGCAGAAAGGGUACCCCACCGGUGGCAACUACCUAGACGGUCAAAAUGUCAGCAGGGGCACGAACCCGCACAACCUCAACAACAGUUUUAGAAACCAUAGAAUCAAUUACCCUUGUAGUAACGACAUACCUACAAAUUUCCCCAACCUAAAAGAAAACAUGAGAAGUAGCGUGAAGAGCACCAUAAAGGGUAGCAUUAACAUUAUGAACACGCCUUCAAAUGAGAGCUUCAAGAAGGAGGAGAAAGUAGCAUACAACCCCAAGGGAAGUGGAGCCUAUGGUAGUAUUCAGGGCACUGUGCGUGGGGGGCGUAGCGGUGAAAUUAGAGAUGAUUUUCAUGGGAGCACAAAUAGGAAUCUCUCUUCAGAUGAGUACCCUUAUAAUCGACCCCCUUUUAAUGAUCAGUACAGUGGAGGAACGGAGAAGUUAGCUCUCCAGGGAGGAAAAGGUACGCAGAAUAACCAGAACAGAUAUAUAGGUAACAACCAAAUGGUGGAUCCCAGUGUGGCAUUUGGCGGGGGCAGUAGGGACUUUUUUCAUGGAAGGAAAUAUUCUGAUGAGAAAUUCACAUGGGGGGGAGAAUACAACGCGGGGCCUGUGUAUGAGAGGAGCAACUUCAAAGGGGGUUCCUCAGUAGGCGUCAGCGGUGCAGGCGUUACGGGAGGUGGAGGCGUUACGGGCAGUGGAGGAGUUACGGGCAGUGGAGGAGUUACAGGCGGAGGAGGAGUUACAGGCGUUACAGGCGGAUUCCAUAACUCCUACAGCAACAACUCCACAAGUUUAUACGGAAACGAAUACAGUACAUUUUGCGGAAAGGAAUCUACAAUCCUUUCUGGAAGCGAUGCCACCACCUUCUAUAGAAAUGAUGGUGCAAACUUCUACAGAAACGGUGCCAACAACUUAUAUCGUAACAACAGCAGGCAGAUCCAUGAAGAUUCAUCGAUGAAAUCAGGGAUACUGAACCCACAGUUGUUCCUGGAUGAAGUGAACAGUAACAAUUUCCUUCAUGAGGUGAAGAAUAAAGGGAAGUCGAGAAAAGGAAAGAACAUCGGGCCAAAGGGAGAGGAGAAAAAAGUCUCAGUGAAAAAUAGCAAGAGGAUCAAAACGAAUAACCUAAAGAAUGGGAAGGCAUCCAACGUUAGAAUGAGUGCAAGUGUAGGGAUGGGAACGAAUGUGGGGAUGCAUCCCACCAUUAACUCUCAUACAUAUUCCAAUGCGAACAAUGUAAGUGCCAACUACAACGGUGAUAAUUACUUCCACCAUGGUAGUCUGAACACACUCACACUGAACGUGCCGAAUGGCGCCAUGAAUUUUGUUUCGAUCGAUAGAGUACCUGUCGUGAGCGGGGGUAUGAGUGAAAAUACGGAGGAUUCCCAAGGGGGGGUAGGAAAUGCUCACCAUGCUAAGGGAGGCUUGUUGGAGGAAAACAAGUUGCUCCUAUCAAGUAGUCAGUUUGUCGAAAGAUAUAAAGAACAACUGCAGGUGCAGGAGCAGGUGCAGGAAAAGGCAAAGCAUCAAGCCAAGCGAAAAGGAAAGCUCGCCCCACCAAACAUUAACUUCACACUGAACAAGGAUAUAGUGGAAAUGAUUCUACGGAACAAUAAAAACUCAAUAGGAAAAAACAGAGACCACACUUUAAGUAACUCCUACACGAACUUCUUGAUGAAUGUAAGUUCUUCCUAUUUAAAGAAAUCGUUACAAGGGUAUAAAAAUGGAAUGGACAACCAACCGGAUAGUGGUAAGCACCUCAAUCUGAUGAACGAACAUGUAGAAGGUUAUUCAUCCAAAGUGGAUGAUAAGGAGGGGGUGGAAAAUAUGAUGGUGGGAUUAUGUUCCAACAGUAGGGCACUUGAAGGAAACUGUUCCGGGGGAGGAGCACAGCAGAAAUGUGCAACAAAUGCAUAUACCCCUUACAAGGGAGUUCCAAGUGAAGCCAAUGUAGCUACAGUAAAAAUGGAAGUAGAGGAACAACAGCAACUGGGUUGGGCACAGGCUGCGGCAGAUGCAGGGGAAGGAUUCCCCUUGAAGAAAAAAGGAACACGAGGGAGGAAAAAACAAAUACAAAGCAGCCCAGUAGAUGAAGGGAAUAUCUUACAUAAAGGGGUAAAAGUGGAAGAGAAACAAGUGAAGCGAAAGGGUAGGAAGAGGAAAAUCGACAUAGAACAAUCUAACCGAAAUCAGAAUUACAACCAAGUGCAGAGAGAAAAAAAGGAGAAUGUAAGGAUUAUACCAACGGAUGAAUCCAUGAUACACAAUAUAAAACAAGAAGGAAUAAAAAUUAAAAAUAAUGAAAUAGCAUUGUGUUUUAAAAGACCUAAUGGUGAAGCUCCAUAUAGGGAGAACAACAAUAACUCUCCUCUAGAUAUCACAAGGAACGUUUUUCACAUUUUGAAUUAUAAGCUAAACGCGUUCAACGGGAAAAACUGUAUCAACAGCCACGCGGAGGUAACUGUUUUACUAAACAACUUCUUAAUGGUAGUGAGAAUUAUAAAUGAACAUAGGAAGAUGCUACAGGGUGUAUAUGGUCAUCGUUUUAAAAUUCCCAGUGAGAGUUGUCUCAGGAAUUAUUUUGAAUCCAGGUUUCCCUUUUUACAAUCCUACCGUAAUAGGCUCUAUGAGUUGCCCGAUCAGGUGCAUCCGGCUGAUGAGGGAGAUGACGACGAAGACGACGACGAGGAGGAAGAGGAGGAGUAUGGGAAGGAAAAGGGUCUCCUGAAAGAAGAGGGAGAAGUAUCCGCCGAAUCCGAAUCUGUCGAAUCUGCAGUUGUAGAUCAUUCACUUGUGGUGGAAGAAGCGGGUUCACCACUUACAAGCCCCACUCCACAGAAUGGGCCACUGAUCACCUCAGAUAAUUCACCCAGUGACAACCUACCACCCGCCGAUGGAACACAAAAUAGAGAAAACGGAUUUGAUGGUGAUAUGUCCAAUCUGGUUAACCAGGAAGAGGUCAGGGUGAAAUCAGAUAUGGUAAAGGAGGAAUUCAAUUCCCGUUCAACUUGGAACAUAUCCCACCAAGACAAUGACAAAGGAUGUGAUCCAAGCGCGAGUUCUCAAAGAACAGCCCAAGUGGAACCCGCUGGUGAUAAUUUGAACGGACUGAAGGAAAAAGUGAAAGACGCUUUUCCCUUUUCACAAAGUAAUCCAUCGAGUGGUUUUGUGGGAGUGAAGAAUCAGUAUGGCAGUGGGACAAACGGAAUAAGUGUGUCGAGAUGUGUUUUACCUAGCGAGAGUCGGGGCGAGGGUUACACAAUGGGGAUCUCUGGCCCCUCUGCUUACGUACCGUCGAACUUGGUUACUUGCGCAAUGUUUAAUCCAACCGCCUGUAUGACAAGUUACCCCUCCGCCUUCCCAUGUGAGGAGUACCAAACGUAUACCGCACAGUCGAAUGGGCACACACAGAACAACGCCGCACAACAUUUCAAUUCCCAUGUCAAUUCAGGAAAUGAGUUGAAUGGAGAUUCGUUCGGGUGA